AUUAGCUUAUUCCGGCCGGCAGUAAGCGGCAAGUUUCAUUGUAACUAAAAUGAAAUAUUCAUACGUGUCCCAUUCAUUUGCAAAAGUAGAAUAGUUGGGGAAAAACCUGUUUAGGUUUUAACAGGACAUUCAGACGGGAUUUGUAUAAAACAAGCUUCAAAAUGACGAAAAUGCGAACUGAAUUAAAGUUUUUAUUUUAUGCGGGUGCUAUCUUUAGUUGUUAUUUUGUAUAUGGGAUGUUACAAGAGAAAAUAACGCGAGGGAAAUAUGGGGAUGGUGAUAAGUUUACUUAUGCUUUGUCGUUAGUGUUGGUGCAAUGUGUGGUUAAUUACGCUUUUGCACAGGUCUUGAUGCUGUCGUGGACUCAUGGGGAAGAUACGACCCGAAGAGUUUACUACUUCUCAUCGGCAAUGACGUAUCUACUCGCCAUGGUGUGCUCCAACAUGGCACUGCAAUGGAUCAACUAUCCAACCCAGGUGGUCGGCAAGGCAGCUAAGCCGAUUCCUGUCAUGAUUCUGGGUGUGCUUAUCGGCCGGAAAAGCUAUCCGUUUAAGAAGUAUCUGUUUGUGCUUCUGAUCGUAACUGGAGUGGUGCUGUUCAUGUUUAAAGACAGCAAGAAAGGAGGCAACGACAGCCAAUAUUUUGGCAUCGGGGAGGUUCUGCUAGUCCUCUCCUUGACCAUGGACGGAUUGACCGGGGCAGUGCAGGAAAGAAUCAAAUCGGAAUCAUCGCCGACCGCUUAUUCGAUGAUGUUGAACACAAACUGGUGGUCAUCGGUAAUCCUGACAAUCGGAGUUGUGUUAAGCGGGGAGAUAUACCGUUUCACCACCUUCGUCGCCCAGUACCCUGAGAUCCUGGUGUACAUAGUUGCGCUUGCGCUUACAGGCGCUCUUGGACAACUGUUCAUCUUCUUCAUGGUGGCCGAGUUUGGACCCCUCCCCUGCUCCGUGGUGACUACAACGCGCAAGUUCUUCACUGUCCUGGCAUCUGUAGUCAUCUUCGGCAACGUUCUACUGGCCCGACAAUGGUUUGGAGCUGUUCUGGUGUUUACGGGAUUGUUCCUGGACAUCUUCUACAGCAAAGGUAAGGCGGCUCGGUCGAGGAGGGCGUCGCAUAAAUGAUUAUCGGCCCACCGAAUGCUGAUCAUUCUCAUGUACUUCGUCUAUUUCAUGCUUAUCUUAAGCAUUAACGUCGGCAACAUGACUUCACCAGACUGAAUUUGGCGCUUUGUUGUAAGAAAACUUUAAAUCAAUAUUUUAAAUGUUAUAAAUUGUCCGUACUGAUGUUAAGAUCAUAAUGAAAACAUAUAAUAACCACAAAUCCAGCGGACACCUAAUUUUAAGUUAUACCUGUCAUUUUCUUAUACGCCGAAAAGGAAAGAGAGGGACAAUUGACAGCUGUUAGUUUUAAAAAGAAUGAGUGAAUGAAUGAAUACCCCGGGUGAGUCAAUAUCUCUCUGGUAUGCAGACCCUUUGAUGUGUGCUGUCAGCAUAAUUCUGUCGGGUUAGUGGUACAAUUUUUAGAGGGUUGUUUUACAUUUGUGCCUAAAAUUGAUGAAAUAUAUUUACCAUUUUUGACAAUUCCUAUAGACACCAUCUUAUUUUAAGUUACACCUGACAUUUUCUUAUCCGCCGAAAAGGAAAGUGACGGGUAAUCGACAGGCAUACAAUUUAUGGAAUACAUUGGCACGUAAUUUUUAUACAGAUACCUAUAACAACCCUUUAAAAGUUUUACAUUGGCCAAUAACCGGAGAUAAUUAAGUUGAGACAGCACACGUUAAAUGUGUUGCAAUACAGCGAGAUAACUAUUUAAUUGGCCCGGAUUACUCAUUCAUUCGAUCAUUCAUUUUAAAAUUAACAGCUGUCAAUCACCCAAAUCUCUGAUCUCAUAUCCGUGAUUUUAAUCGAGAAGUUUCAUGUCUGUCUUAACGUAUAAAUGUGUGUUAACAUGACUUGUUAUUCUUACAAGCGGGGAUGCCUCUUAUCUCAUACUUCCACUUGAUAUAAUAUAUGAAUAACGUUAAAACUCAAAUAUUCCAACGAAGUACAACACUAAAAAAUGAACUAGAAUGAAUAUAGAACGUAUAAAUUCAGGGUGUUAGUGAUACAGUACCAGGGACGGUUCAUCUCAUGAAUCUUGAGAUAAAAGUGGAAUUUUCAUUGCAAAAGUAUAGAAUUUAAGAAAAUUUUGCGACGGGAUUUCACUUUGUAUUAACUCAGGAUCAUGAGAUGAAUCAUCCCCCUUAGUAAUCCGUACUGUGUCACUGACACGCUGUAUAUAAAUCAAAUUAAAAUGUUUUUGUGCAAUUUUGUUUAUGAGAUGAGCUUAUAAUACAAAGACGUAAUAUUAUUUCAUUUUGUUUUAAGAUAACUAUAAGAAUUUGUAACGCGUGUUGGAAAUAUUUCUAUACACUUUGUAAGGCUAGUGCGUCGUGUCAUUGUGACUGUUUCCAUACUAACAUCCACAUACACAGGACAGACAUUCUUAUCUUUGUACAAACAGCCUAUAUACGUCCCACUGCUGGGCACAGGCCUCCCCUCAAUCAACCGGAGGGAGAACCCGUCUGAGAAGCCGUCGCCGCUAUGAGAGGGAGCCAUCGUAUCAACACACGUUACAUCCCAAACUAGACAUCGUCCCUGACCCCAAGGGACCAAUGACAUUCCAUCAGGUCUCUUGCCGUCCGAUCGGAAAAUCCCGUUGGGUCCGAGGACCGAAGGAAUGCCAGCGGUCGCCAGAGCCCUCCUAAGAAUGUCAUUCAAAGAUGCGUGGUGGUACUCUUCCAGCAGACCUCUGACACGAGAGACCAUGCUACCCCAGCUCCUUGCUGCUCCAGCAAAUUCGCUCCAGCAAAUUCGUCCUUACUCCCAAACGCAAAGCCACCAUCAAAGAUAAACUGGUAUUUUCCACAAGAGUUCCCAGAACAGAGGAUGGAUGUGCCUGUAACCAAUAUCCAGACUUCCUCUCCGUCACAGCCAAAAUCCGAGCCGGCUCCAAUGGAUUAGCACUGGACCCAAUUAAGAUUUCCUUUACCUUUAAACAUAAGGGAAAAUAAUUGAGUGGGAAAAGAAUCAUCAGUAAAAAAAAAUAUUACGUCGCAUCUUUCAGGCUUGAAUCAACUGAUUGUCCGAAAAAGUAAGAUAAUUCCAUGCUCCGGAGGGCACGUUAAUCCUUUGGUCCCAGCUAUUAGCCGUAAAAACACCUCCACCAACCCGCAUUGGAGCAGCGUGGUGGAGUAUGCUCCAUAACCCCUCUGGUUGAUUGAGGGGAGGCCUGUGCCCAGCAGUGGGACGUAUAUAGGCUGGUUAUGUUAUGUUAUUACGUCGCAUACAGUGGCGAAAGAGUCAGUGUGACAAACAUUACCCGUGCUCUAUGUCGGCCUACAAUUAUCGGAUAUUUUUUUUUUAUUAGCAACCCCAGUCGCAGUCAGUAAUCGAUAGAUAUCGCCACUUGCAACAUUGCUUUGAUAAUGCAUCAUACGUAACAUUUUAGAGGGUUAUUUUAGAUUUUUGCCUAAAAUUGACGUGUGUUCCAUGAACUUUAUAAAUUCCAUUUUGUAAUCUUUUGAAAGAAAUCAUGUUUGUCUUUUCAAAUACCGCUAAUUUGUCCAACAACAGAUUGAGUUUUAAAUUUGCUUAUAUCUGUGGUAUUGGUAGCAGUAUCUAUCUAGCGAUAAACUGACUGUUAUCAUUUAGGGAAAAAAAAUCAUAUACGAGUAUCUAAAAAUACCUAGGAACUACUGUAGGUAUUUAAAAUAAAAACGACUGGAUAUUUAGAAAUUAUUAAAAACGGGCACAAUAACAUAUCAAAUACUAGCAUUUACUUUGAAAAACAAAUUGUAUGAUAUAAAAAAAUAUAUAACCAUACUGAGAUUGUAGGUCCAUACAAUAUUAUAAAGCUCAAUUAUAUUUUUUUCUAUUCUUGUAAUAGGGGUAAUAUAGUAGAUAGUUAGAUAAAAUACGACAAUGUACCAUUGUUCUUUGGUUUAGAUUUGUCUGAGCUAAUUUUCAUCCAAGCACAUGUCGUCACCCUAUAGUAAUAACCACAUGAGAGCGUAAAAUGUUUUUUUCUUAACUAAACCUUGCAAUAAAUUUAGUUUUUGUUGAAGAAAAUCACAAAAGAACGCAGUUUUUCAAAAAAUGCGCUUCUGUGCAAUCAUUAAGUGUAAAACCAUAAGUUGAUGAAGAAAAUAAAACAUUGCUUAGACCUCACAAAGAGAAUGCAAAUAAAAACAUAAACAACAUAGGUAAUCUUAUCUCUUCUUACGUUUCAAAUCAAUUAUUAAUCGUCUUAAUCCUUCCGUCCUGUAUAUAAUAUCACCUAUACAAUGUAUAAACAUUCCCUUAAUUACUAUGGAAUUUGUAUAAAAAAGCACACUAUGACAUCAUAGAAAAACGUGAUAAAAUAUCGGACUUAUUAUUACGUUUUUCUUGAUUAACAACAGUCAUACAGUAAGUAUUUAUUUUACAUUAGUAAUUGAUUAUUACCUACUAGCUGUUACCCGCUACUUAGUUUGAGUUGGACCCUACUAUGAAAACUAUAGAAGUUUCAUACAAACUUUGUCACCCCUUUUUACCCCCGUUGAAUUUCGAAAAAUUCCGUCUUAUUUUUACACAUACGAAAAAUUUACGGGAAUUUUAACUUAAUAUUAAGCUGAAUUCUCUCUCAGUAUUCGGUGUUACUAGCAUAUACAUAGUAAAUCAAAAUGUCUGGCCUAGGAACCCAAUGGUGUGAACUCCCUUUCUUUUUCUUCAGUAACACUACACUGUACCGUACUUUGUAAAUGUAUUAUAUUUAAAAAUGUAAUCGUUAAUGUGAGUAUACAUUAUAGUAAUAUUUAAACUCUUCAGGAGGUUGUGCUAUGAUCGCAAAGACUUUGUGGUAAGUGAAACGAACGGGGAUGUUAGUUUUUAAAACUAGACAUUAUAUUGUUACUACUAAGGCGGGAAUACACAAGCCAUCUCUGAAGGUACGGUAGACAACAAAUCUAUUUGAAAAAUUAAAUGACUGCUGUUUGUAACACGAGGAAAGAGGAGACUGGUACAGAGACAAACCGCAUUGUAGUUUAGAUUAGCUAAGUAAAAUAACAUUUUAAAUUAAAUAAAUAAAAAAAAAACUCAAAAACAAUGUUAAGUCCUGUUCCAAUUCUGAUUGUAGUCAGUUAAAGGGGUUAAAAUAAUAAAUGUCUAAUUAUUCAAUUCAAUUCUUAAUGUAUAACAUGUAUAUUUCCAGAUAUAAGUGAGUACCACAAUAAUAAUUUAAUAUUGUUUAAAUUAUAGAAUUAAUAACGAUCACAUUAAAAUAAUUCAUGUACGUGUUUAAGGGUCAAUUCAAAUUAUAUUUAUAAUAUAUCCGUGUAAUUUCUUAAUAACACAUAAUCAGAUUUAUCAGUGUAAUUUCUCAAUGUUUAGCUUGCAGAUGUAACAGUUUCAUAAUUGGAAUUUGUGUCAUUUAACGGUAUUGUAUUUAUCAAGAUCUAAAUGUUAAAUAUAGUAGUGAAUGCAAAAAGCGAUUCUUUUUUUAAAAACGAAUAUUUUCUAAAUGAGUUUUGACAGAUGUUGCCCACAAUAGCUGAUAACUCGUAUAGUGUUUAAAGCGUCGUAUCCACUAGGCAACAAGUAACAUAUACGGCAACGUUGCACAACAGCGCGCGAUGUUGCCAGCUGAAGCGCAACAUGUCACGCGGCUUGUUGUUUAUUUAGGGAGCAUCGUUAGUUGAGCAUCAAUUGUUGUAGACUGGAGACGUAACGCGCAACAACACUAGUUCCUUUGGCGACAUGUUGUCGACGUCAGACGUAUAUUAGAUGCUUAGACAGGCAACGUUGUUAAACAAAAGUUCCGUGCUAACUUUCAACAUGUUGUGACAUGCAACAUGUUGCCAAGGGGAAACGCGGCUUAAGGCUACUGAUCUUUUUUAAUAUGUCUGCCCGAUCCCCAAGCGUUCCCUUUCACUACCUCUCACGUUCGCCUCAUACAUAUCUCUCUCUAUUUAAGAUCUGCGCUCUUGUCGGUGGAGUAAUCGCCAUUCCUCACUUCUUCCCGCCAAAACCUUCACCUCCCGAUACGACACGACCUGCACCUUCUCUUUUAUUUGUUUCAUAAAUGUUCUCCUAGGUCUACCCCGUCCUCUCUUCCCUUAAAUUUUUCCUUCUAUGUUUGUUAUAAAUGAAUCGUGGCGUAUCAGGUGGCCGAUCAUAAUUCCUCAUACAUCAGUCUCAUUAAUAAACUACGGACUUAGAUUUUGUCAGAUAAAACUUAAUUUGAUUUUAGUUUGUCAAGUCUAAAAGUAGUGCCGUCCUUCACUUACGUCGAAAAUAGGACAGAAUCUAGUUUUAGAAUUGUGAAACUAUAUUAAAAUUAAGUUUGUGUCUACAGGAAUAAGCUUUAGGUACAUUUUAGAGUAUAAACAGUUAUCUACUGAGUCGUCGAGUCAUAGAUAAUAUUAACAAUGAGGAAAAACUGCCUAGUUCUCCCAUCAGGUGUCGCUACUGUCGACAAAAAUCUUUAGUUACGUGGCCAUAAUCUGAAUUAUCCUAUGAAAACGUCAUCGUUGAUAGGCGAAUGAACGGAAUCGACGUUACUAUUGCGCUCAACUAAUAAGUGCGAGCGAGUACGAUUGAUAAAUACGAUUUCAAACCCGACGACUCAGUUCAUAACGGCGGCGUGGCUAUUUUUAUCCAUUGCAUCUAUUCAUCGCACUAUCGUUACAAACCUUUCUCGAUUCUCGUCACUAUACGUUGUUUUAUCCUCACAUCACUAUGGCGAUGCGAUCGAUUCCUAUAGACACCUAAUUUUAUUUUAACUUCUUCCUGUCAUUUUUUUAUCCGCCAAAUGUUAAUUUUAAAAUGAAUGAAUAAUCCGGGUGAAUAAAUAGGCAUCUCGCUCAAAUGUAACCCGUUUGACGUGUGCUGUCAACUUACUUCUGUCGGGUUUUUGGUCGUGUGUUCCAUAAAUAUUAUGCCUGUCGAUUAGCCGUCUCUUUCUUUUUCAGGGGAUAAGAAAAUGCCAGGUAUAUCUUAAAAUAAAAUUAGAUGGUGUGUACAGGAAUCAGCACCAAUAUUUGUUCAGCUUCACUGACGCGCCAUUCGCCGACGCAUUGCACCUGUGGGGGAAAGAGAUAACAAAUAACCCGUAGUGACUAUUAACCAUUCCAAUCAUACAUUAGUGCAACAAGUAUUAUUCAAGUAGUCUGUCCCUCUCUUUCAAAACUAGUAAGGCUGAAAGUGCGUAUUAAAAGCAUGCGGAGUAAAAGAGACAGAUGUAUAUUACGUAUUGUGUUCUGUUGCUGUCUCGUUUUAAUAUGCAUAUUAGAGAGAAUAAUCGUGUCGAGUGUUUAUGAAGCCGUUCAUAUAAAUAUAAUCUGUACCCGUUGCAUGACACGCUUGUCGCGCGCGACAAGAUUAUGAGUCAAUAGAAGUAGUUUAUUUAAUAAGGGACUCGAUUCAUUUAUAUGAUGCACGUAAAAUUAUAAUGAUAUACACCAAAUAUUUCAAAGAAAAAAAUAUAGCCUGCCCAAGUCUGAGUUUGUUAUUCUUAGAUGGCAACUAUGUGCUAUGCAAUACUAUCGAUCGUUCGACCAUAAAUUUAACCUUAUAUAUUUAACUUGUUUUCAUUUUCAUCAGCUUCCAGUAGAACACCUAUUUGUAAUUCGAGUAAAUGACGUCAUAUGGCUUUGGUUUUUUAUAUUGUUUAGAGCUAGGUCGUUCUUUUGUCGGUAUUUACUUUCCCAUACUCACUCUAUAAGACAUAGAUGGUGCUGUUCAGAUUUAACGUGAUUAAUGGCAGAGGAAUAAAAGUAAUUGUCAUAAAAGGCAUACAUAAAAAUGGCCAAGUACGAAUCGAAGUGCAACGAGUAUUUUCUAACAACUGUCAACACAUAUGAUAUUCGUGUUACGUAUUCAACAACAACAAAUAUCAUUUUUCAUUCUACUCGGGGAUCUUAGAACAAGAACAACUCUCACUUCGCAUUCGCAUUUCGCUUUAGAUUUUGCACAAUAAACCACACUCAGUUUGACGCUUGUAUGUUGUACCGCUUGUCUUAUGAAAAAAAAAAAACUCAUUUAUUCUUUUUACUUCUUCAUUAUGCUAUUUUGUUAAUUGUUCGAAAACCCUCCAUAAUAAUUGGUAUUCCCUGUGAAACUUUCUGGAAAAACCGGCUAUCGUGUACCGUUCAAGUGGUACAGCCCUAUCAAGGUUGGACAGAGGGACAGACAUACAAACAGACAGACAUGAGGCGUGGGAUUAGUAAUAGAGCUCCCCGUGUCGGUACGAACCCCUAAACUGAUAAUGCCGUAAAGCAUAAAAAUGUUUGUGUUAAGAAAUGUGAAGUUAGUCGAUUUAAAUGUUUUACAUUACUAUAGAAAACAAGAUGAACCAGCCUUUGUAGCAUGCUGCGUAUAUCGCGCGCGAUGCGAUAUUUGAGCCUGUAUUAUUCCUUUAUCUGGAGGCAUGAUAGUGCCUCCGCCAAGACCAGCAAAGGGCAGUACUUACCUUUUCUGGAAAUGUUUCUUCGAUUUUUGAACCCUCAUAACUCAUGUUGGAUUUAUACCAGUUAAAAAAAUUCACAGGAUUUAUCGAGGAACCAAUACAGUUGUUUUAUCACGUCUCACGCGAUAUGCGAGUGCCAUGCUACGGCUACAGUAAAAUGAGAGUCUGCCAAAUAAUAAUUAUAAAAAAAUUACCUACAUUAAUAUGUAAGAAUAAUAAAAUAUAAUACUUUAAAAACUAUGUAUAGAAGCAAUAUUGAAAUGUCAUUUAUCUUCCAAACUGAACGGUAUAACCUCAUCUGUGUACUUUUUGUAUGCAUUUAUAUGAAUAAGUAUUUUUUGUAAAUAUUUAUACUUAUACAUACGUGGAAUAUAACAAUAUAUAUUUUUAAAUUUUG